AUGAUAUCAGUGAAACGUCCGAGUGUUCCAAGCCACCCUAGUGCUCAUCAUCACCAUCAUCACCACCAUCACCACCAUCAUCAUCAUCAGCAUCAGCAUCACAAGCAGCAUCAUCAGCUGCACAGUCUCCAGAACGGAGCAACCAGUGCGAGCUCUGUCAGCCCGACGACAGUUCCGCUGGUAUCCUCGACGUCAACCAACAACAAUCGGCUCAUUCGGAGUCGUAACCAGUUGUCCACAGUUGGGGAACAGCAGAAUAUCAGGAACCACUCGCAAAAUCCCUGGAAUCACAGUGGAAACAUUGUUUCGAAUGGUGUAUCAGGAGCAAGUGGACCUCAGAUAAACCGACCGACGGGAGCCGCUUCGUGGACUGGAACAGGAAGUGGUUGUUCAAUCAUCACGAACGGCGGCAGUCUGUACUAUAGCAGCAGUAACGGGGGUUACGGUGUUAGCACGGCUAGUGUCAAUCCCAAAAUUCGGGACAUAUACGAGUUUGAUAGUUUGUUCCUGGUACCAACUUGUGCCUUAACGUCGGACAAGGCACUGAAUCUACGCAAGGAUCUCGCAGCGUACGACUUCGACAUCAAAAUCCUGGAGGACAGCCCGCGCGCAAAUCAUAACGUGUGGCAAUCUGGAAACAGAGAUGCGUCCGUACAAAAACAGUCAAGGCCGUCCUCAGCCAAUAGAGAUCGUCUGCAUGAACAUUCUGUUGCCCAUACACUGCACUGGUUCGCUUGUGUCGGCGAUGAUAACGUCGAUAGCGGUAGAAAUUCGGAAGAACUUCAAAAGGAACGCGAGGAGCGAAUAAAACAGAUGAAGGAACGGCAAAACGAGGAACGCCAAAAGAAACUCGAGGAGCUGAAGGCACAAGCGCUGGCUGCGCAAAAGUUUCGCGAACUGAAGGAAGAGGAACGACGUCGCCGAAUGGAUGACCUGCGGAGGCGGGACUGUGACCGACGGUCACAGGUUGAGGAGCGUCGUCGCGCCAUCAUCGAGGCCGACAAUGAACGGCGAGAGUACAUUUUGCGCAAGAACCAGGAACGUGACCAACGUAUGGAGACGAAACGACGCAACGAUCGAGGAUCGAUCCAGUUCGCCUUCGGUUCAUCGACACCACGGAUGAUCGAUACCAGUGACAGUGGCAUGUGCAGCUCGUUCUGGUCAAAUAGGAGAGCCACGUCUAUCACGAACGUAGCAUACGUGGGAGCGGCUUUGACGAGGCGCAGUUCCGAGCGUGAACUAACCGACAGUGCGUCUAAGAAACGUGCUACCUCUGCCAGUGGUCUCGACCGAUCGACCGACGACCAACGGCGAAUGUCCAGCUCGAUGUACGAGGUGUUCAACUGGACGAGCACCAGCGAGUGCCCGAGAAAGCUAACCUUCUCGCUCGCUGGGUCCGGCAUCAACAUCGACGAACCACCGACGGCCGCCGAAUACCAACCGGCAGCUUCCCGAAAUUAUGCUAGUGGAAAGGACGAUACAGCAGAAAUGAACUAUCAGCGCACUGUCAAUCGUCGAAAGACCGAUCUAAUGCCUACCAUUCCUAGUCCUCGCGAUAGCUCUAGAUCGUCUCUCGGUACACACACUCCCAGAACACCAGGCCGAGCGUUCUCAAUGACACGCUUGGACACUUUGGCACAACCUCGGCGCCGUAACGGCGAGCACAUUAGUGCUAUACUGGAACGCGAGCGCCGCCAGGCUCUGGAACUCGAGAACCUGACUCGUCUGUCGCUCUCCUCAUCUCGGUCUUCUCCCACCGGAAGUGGUGGCAAUAGUAAGCGCAUGUCGCGCAGCAUGACCCAACUUGCCGGCAGUGGGGCCAAAUACCGCAACCAAUCGCAGGACUCUAGCACAGGCCGCAGUCCCGGCUUCGGAGGCGGCCGUAAGUCAUCCUUCAACACGUCGUCCAUUAAUAGCGGUAGCACUUCGCCGAUGCGGCGCAACGAUACCUCCAAAAGCAUGUCGCAGCUGAACACGGUUUUGUCCGGUAGCAGCGGUACAUCGCGCAUCACCAAAACCGAACGCCUACGCCAGCAGUACCACCAUCAGCAGCAACAGCAGCACCACAACCAGCUCCUAGUGUCGAACGGUCUUCGUUCCGGCGAAAUGACACCCACCAGUCUAAACACUUCGCGGCCCGGAAGUGCAAUGUCCAGCUCGACGACCGCGUCCGGAAUCGUGUAUCGACGAUCCCUCCCAGCACAACGUAAACCACGACCGGCUAGUAUCGCCGUAACAGGUGUUACCGCCACCGGGUUAAAGGAAGAAAAACCGCCUCUCCCAAAGACAGGAUCCGGUGCUUCUACUGGUAGCAGUGUGAAUAGUGCAAGCAUCAAACAUCGGCUAUCCAGCGCUGGCUCCGGUAGCAUCAACACGACCCCUGCAAAAUCAUCAUCCAGUACGGAAACACCAACGAAAAAACCACUAACAUUACACUCGGCCGAAAAGCGUGCUACAGGCGUAAGAGUCGCUACGCCGAAGGCGUCAUCUACUCCGCUACAGUCGCCCGGACCAGAAAAGGCUUCUCGCAACUUACAAGAUGCCUUGAAGAAAGCCUCUGAAGUCACUAAAAAACCGCCGGUCAGUGAGAAGACGCAACCUAAGCAGUCGAUUCUCAAGAGUGAUAUAGUGACAGUCGAGGAGAAUCAGGAACCCUCGGUUCUCAAAGCAGAAGAGCCUACCGUUGAAUCAGAAAAGGUUCAAGAUCAAGCGGAGGGUUCAUUGCUAGUUUCACUGGUGGAGGUAGAGCCAUCAUUUGGACAGGAUGAACAGCCACAACAACAGCAGGAAGAAGUGGUAGUUCCAGUCCAGCAGGAAGCUCCUUUGUUAGUAGAUAUACCGAUGGAAUAUACGGAGGUACCAAAGCAAGUUGCAUUUGCUGCGGUGGAAGAAGAACAGCCGGAAGAAGUGAAGGAACCUGAGCUAGACCAACAAGACGUCACUGUCUCUGUUCCAUCUGAAGUCACUGUUACCGCGGAGGACGAAAUGCUUGAGGUUAGCAACGGUAACCUAUCCGUAGACGGUGCCGCUGUCAUGGGAGAUGCUAUGACCGCAUCUAUGAUAGCGAAGCGCAUCAACACGGAAGAGGAAGCGAAGGCUGCUUUGGCGGAACGGCGACGCCUGGCACGCGAGGAAGCUGAGCGACAGGCGGAACUGGAACGCAAACGUAUCGAAGCUGAGGAACAAGCCGAACGACAGCGUGUUCUCGAGGAAGAAGAACGCUUGCGUAAACUCGAAGAGGAAACCAUCCGACUGGCCGAGGAGCAGAGACGCAUGGAGGAUGAACGUCUGCAGCAAGCAAUCGAAGAAGCUCGCCGACGUGACGAAGAGGAGCGUAAACGUCGCGAAGAGGAAGCCCGCCAGAAGGCGGAACGCGAGGAGGCUGAGCGUAAGGCUCGCGAAGAAGCGGAGCGUCUACGCGUCGAGAUGGCCGAGCGAUUGAAGAAGGAAGAAAAGGAACGCGAGGAACGCCGGAAGCGCGUUGAAGCAAUCAUGUCCCGUACCAGGACCAAGGGAACGGCCAACAACACACCCACGAAGAACAAUGACGACGACAGGGAAAAUGCCAUGUCUAAGAGCCAGAUCGUACUUUCGUCCAAACCGGCCGUUCUGCCUACCGGUACUGCCAUGUCCGCGUCCACCAUAUCGAUGACCGAUUCGUUCAUUGCGUCGGAACUUCGACAAGAGCAGCAGCAACACCAGUCGCUAGAUCAGGCGAUGGAAUCACUGUCCUUGAGCAACAACAACAACAGUAGCAGCAACGGUAGCAACAGCAAUAGCAGCAGCAGCAGUGAAACAUUAGCCAACAGUACCAACAUUAAUAAUAACAUCAAUAACAACAGCACUAACGGCAGCAGCAUGCAGCAGUUUGAGAAGUCCGUGACGGAGAAGGAGAAUCUGCUGCUGGUUGAUAGCACGACCGGUAGCAGCAUGGUGUCCAACAACAAUCUCAACAACGGUAGCGCAAGCAAUGGGACUGUAGUCGAACUGACCCCGAACGAGCAGGGUACGAACGGAGAAUCAAUCAUACCGACGACGAACGGCAAAACGGAACAACCGUCAGUCAUGAUGGCGACGAGCAACGGCAGUACCGUAAACACUACAGCCAACAGCACCUCGGACCUGAUAAUCGAGGACGCGCUGAUGGGCCAAACCAACGGACACAAGAACGGCAGCAUGGACAAUGUGUUAAACGGGAAUGACUCGGAACAUCCAAAAUCUCAUAAAGAGUCGACAGAGGCUGCAGUUUUGCUGGAAUCAAAUGAUUUGCUAGUUUCGAAUACCGGUGAUCAUCUCCUGCACGGUGGUGAUCCAGAGACCAUUCUUUCCUUUGCUGACACAGCCAAUACGGCGGGUGAUCAUCAGCAACAUUCGUCGUUCGAUUCAUCUGCCACCAUUUCAACUGUGACGACAGAAUCGACCAUCGUCACAGGGGACAGUGCAGGCAGUAAUGCCUAUCAGCUAAUAGAUUUCGCUAGUUUUUCGACUAGCGACGAACCCGAGAAUAUACAACUGCGUGAAGGAAUCAUUAGUGAUGCUAACUUCAACCCUCUGACGCCGUUCGGCAUGCCUGAGGCUGAAUCUGCCGAAACGACGCAACAUCUUGCGCUUGAUUUGCAUAAUCUAUCCAACAAUAAUAGUAUUAACCCGUUCUUCACGAGUGACGAGCACGCCACCCUUCCUGUAUCCCGCUGCGACGGAAGCAAUCGAGAUCCCAGUGGCAACAUCGUGCCGGAAGCUGACCUCUUUGACCUUGGUUUUGAUAGUACUAGCACCACUUCCACUAGUAGUACCUUUUUUAACAACAAUAACACUACAUCGCCCAACAACACCCCGUGGAUGGUAUCGGCUACAUCCGAUGGUCAAGAUAAACGAGGUAAAUAG